AUGUUGGGUGCAGAGAGGGAGAGGAGUCCCCGAGGGCCAACAAGGUAUGCUAUUUCUCGUGCUGAUAGCAUAAAGUCUACAUUUCACUUGUUUAUGUCAGAAGAAAUUGAAGAGGUGGUACUACAAAUGACGAAUACGGAGGGGCGUCGUGUGUAUGGUGACAAGUGGGACGAGAUGGACAAAACUCAGCUAGAAGGAUAUUUGGGUCUUCUUAUUCUUGCUGGCGUCUACAAGUCCAGUAAAGAGAGUACGUUUAGCCUAUGGCAUGCUCAAUCUGGGAGGGCAAUUUUUUGUGCCACCAUGCAACUGAAGACAUUUCACAUCCUCUCAAGGGUAAUUUGUUUUGAUGAUCGUGACACCAGACCAACACGCCGUGCAAGAGACAAACUUGCUGCCAUCCGAGAGGUGUGGGAUAAGUGGUUGUGUCGCCUGCCGCUCAUGUACAAUCCUGGUACUGAUGUAACAGUGGAUGAGCGCCUGGUCCCAUUCAGAGGUCGCUGUGCUUUCAAGCAAUACAUGCCAAGUAAACCAGGAAAAUACGGCAUCAAAAUCUGGGUAGCCUGCGAUGCCCAGACCAGCUACGCCUGGAACAUGCAAAUGUACACAGGCAAACCUGUGGAUGGCCAGCCGGAGAAAAAUCAGGGCCAGCGCGUAGUUCUCGAGGUGACGGAGGGUCUUCGGGGACACACCAUCACCUGCGAUAAUUUUUUCACCUCCUAUGCCCUUGGCCAGGAGCUGCUGAAGAGGAAGAUGGCCAUGGUCGGAACAGUAAGGAAGAACAGACCAGAGCUUCCCCCUGUACUGCUGGCGACAAGAGAGAGGGAAAAGUUCUCUUCCCAGUUCGUGUUUACUGACACGCAUGCUCUGGUCUCCUACUGCCCCAAAAAGAGAAGGAAUGUGCUUCUCAUGAGCACUCUGCAUCGGGACACUGCAGUUAGCUCCAUGGAGGAAAAAAAGCCCCAGAUCGUCCUUGACUACAACAAGAACAAGGGGGGAGUCGACAACCUCGACAAGGUCACCAGUGUAUACAGCUGCAAACGGAUGACAGCCCGUUGGCCCCUGGUGGUUUUCUAUAAUAUGCUUGACGUGUCUGCAUACAACUCCUUCAUCCUGUGGAGAGAGAUCAACCCAACCUGGAAUCAGGGGAAGUGCCACAAGAGGAGGCUGUUCCUCGAGGAGCUUGGGAGAGAACUUGUGACACCACUCAUUAAUCGACGCCAGGUACUUCCCCGCACACCAGCCUCUGCCAGCUUGGUAAUGGAAGUCCAGCAGGGUGCAAUGACCACUGUACCAGCUCCCCCUCACAAAGCUGCUCCUCCUCUUCCAUCACCCGCAAGGAAGAGGUGCCGAUUCUGCGUGGGUGACAAGAAAACGAGCACCACGUGCCACAAAUCAUAA